AAACCGCGCGCACGACUUUCACAACAAGUUUGCCUUCCCAGAAUGUAACGUGCUUUGUUUUUUUUUGUGGGGGGGAGAAAGUAAAAACUUGUAUAUCAAAUUAUGGAUGUCACCGCAGCCAGGUCAACGUUUUAUGGAGACAUAGGUCACUGGGCUGAUCGUACUCCUUUGCAUGACGCUGCGUCUCUGGGUCGAGCUGUGCAGCUAAAACAGCUGAUAGAGGAAGGGGCGUCUGUUAAUAUAGUGACCGUGGACAACUUCACUCCUCUGCAUGAUGCCUGCAUCCAGGGCCACCCCAACUGUGUUAAAAUACUGCUGGAGGCAGGAGCUCAGGUAGAUGUACGCACCAUUCAUGGCAGUACUCCUCUUUGUCACGCCUGUGCUGCUGGCUGCCUAGAAAGUGUCAAGCUGCUGGUGGAUCACGGAGCAUCCAUCAACCCUUCCCUGACCGCCCUUACUGCUUCACCCCUCCACGAGGCCUGCAUACGGGGUAACCCAGAGUGUGUGAAGCUCAUGAUCGCUAAAGGGGCGCUGCUGGAGGCCUUUGACAUUUACUUUGGGACCCCUUUACACGCUGCCUGUGCCAAAGCUCACUUUGACUGCGCCCUACUGCUGCUCAAUGCAGGUGCUAAAGUGAAUGCUACAAAGUUCCACGAGACGGCGAUGCACCAUGCAGCGAGAGCAGAGAGGGGGGAUUUGGUGGAGCUGCUGGUGGAGUUUGGUGGAGAUGUCAAUAUAUCCGAUAACAUGGGUAACAAGCCCAGAGACUACACAAAAAUUGGUUCUCCUGCCAAUGGCUGUCUGUUGCACUAUGAGAGUUUCUGGGCGGAGAGGACAGAGGUUCAUAAGGCUGCGUAUCAGGGUCAGGUGUCUGUGCUGCAAGGUUUGAUUCAGAGUGGAGCUUCUGUGAAUAUUGUGGCUGUGGAUUCCAUCACACCCCUCCACGAGGCUGCCACACGGGGACAGACGCAGUGUGUGAGACUGCUGCUGGACGCUGGGGCUCAGGUGGACGCGAGGAACGUAGACGGAAGCACCCCGCUGUGCGAGGCAUGCUCCAUCGGGAACUUUGAGUGUGUGAGUCUCCUUCUAGAGUACGGAGCAAAAGUCAACCCCACUCUUACCUCCCGGACCACCUCCCCACUUCAUGAAGCCUGCAUGGGAGGUAAUGCAGACUGUGUGAAGUUGGUAAUCGCUAAAGGAGCAAGUCUUGAGGCUUAUGAUCUGUACUAUGGUACUCCGCUACAUGUGACAUGUGCCAACCAACAUCUGGACUGUGUCAAGGUGCUUCUUAAUGCAGGUGCACAAGUAAAUGCCGCCAGGUUACACGAGACGGCCCUACAUCAUGCAGCUAAGGCCAACAAUCUAGACAUGAUCGAGCUGUUGGUGGAGUUCGGGGCUAACAUUUACGCCAGAGACAACCAGGAUAAGAAGCCAGUCAACUACACGAGACCGGACACACCCGCAGCACACUGCCUUCAGCUUUGUGACAGCAACCCUUUGUCUCUGCAGCAGCUCAGCCGUAUCACCUUGAGGACUGUGCUGGGUACCAGAGCUGUGGACGUGAUCACCAAACUGGAUAUUCCAAACCGUAUUAUCAGUUAUCUCUUAUACCAAUGAAUUCACAGAGAUCGUAAAACCGGAACUCUGGAAGAUGAUUUUUACCUCAACUGCACAAAAACUUAAUCUCUCCAACAACCAACGCUAGUUAGAUUUCCACUGUACAGCAUUAAAGGUGAAGUGUGUCGUUUUCAGGUUUCAGCCAAUGGUGUGAGUUUGAGGGCAUAAACUACCUGUUAGCCCGCCAAUGGCAAAUGGUAAGAAUGUUUAGUCUCGAAUCCAUUUGGUGCCAUUAGCAUUUGCAAAAAUGACACGCAUCACCUGUAAGUAUAGGAGCACAGUAGACUCAAUAGUAAGCAUUACAUUUCCUUCACUUCCUGCACUUCCCAACAGAGGACUUUGGCACUUGCUGUGAAAUAUGUUGUCUUAAUGCAUCAUCACUAAGGUGAAUUUAAACAAGAACUUAAGAAGAUGGAUAUGCAUUAUAUGCACUUAACUGUUCUCUUAAAAAUAAAUCUUCAAUGCAGAUUUAUUAUAACACAGACUAAACAUAAAGCUAAACAGUGUUAUCGGUGAUAUUCGACUGUUUAUAUUAAGUAUUGUGACAUUGUUUGUUUGUGUUGCACAAAAGUGAUGCCAGGUUUUUCUAAUCUAAAUAGGAGAACGGAUGGGACUUGAAUGUGUACUUGAAUGCUAUUCAUCUUUGACUGUGUUGUAGCUCUUGGCAGAGAAGAUUGUGCUUUCGUGAAAGAUUUCAUAGAACGACAAACAAACUAAUGAAUUAAGAACAGGAACAUAUAUCAAGAUUUGCUUUGCUGUUAUUUCUGUGAGAGAAUGAAAAUGGUAAUGAAAUGUCCCCAAAAUGCUGUAUGUUAUUAUGCCCUCCUCAUCCCAGACAGGUCAAAAUAUGUUCCUGUCUUUUUAAAAAUAUUAGUUUUCCAUAAACUGCCCAGCCAAAUGUUUCUUUAAACGAGUUUGACACACAACUUUAUCCAUUUGAUCCUCCUGCACAUGCCAUUUCCCUCCUUCGGCCUCUUAUAAAGUACAGAAUUUUCUAUAAAUAGCAGGCGGCUCAAAAAUAGAAUCCAGCGCGCCUGUGUUUCUGUGUGAGCUGGAGAAAUGAGUUCCUCUUUAUGUGCACUUAUUCAGAGCCCAUCCAGCCUCAAAACAGAGAGAGUCCAGGAAUGUUGUUAGAGCCGUGUUUUGAAAUUAAGCGUACUGAGAUAGGACAGCUGCUAUUAAAAGAAUGCUGCCUUUUUCUCUUCAUCCAGCACUCGUCUUAAAAAUAGCCUUUAAAGGAUUGGAUUUUUAUAUGUAUUGUUUGAACCAAAUUCUUGCGUGUUUUAUACUUUGCAGAUUUUGAAAUGGCAGGAAUGGUCAGAUUGGUGCUGGUUUUUGAUGUUUGCUUGUUUGUUUGAGGCAUAAAUACUUUUCACACUAGCUUAGUCAGGAAUUAUUAGGGUGCUAUACAUGUGUGAUGUUGUUAAACAUGUUAUGGUAAUAACAUGGUUAUUUUAAGUUCAACCAGACUGUUUUGUUUGGAAAGAAUCCUCAGUUAGAAAUCAAGGGAUAUUUAAAAUGUUAACAGCGGCUGUUUAAGGUUUGGCCUUCCUGGACCAUCCAAUGGAGUAUUUUGCUGGCCUUUUUUGUAAGUCUUUAGAUUCACCACUAGGGGGCACUGCAUGUUGUAAAUCUGAGUUUUCAGUUUGUAAACAGUCGUGCUUAUAUUUAAAAAAUAUAUCACACAAUUCAUUUUCUUUUUUUUUUGCAGUUGCUCAUUUGGCAAGCACCGGUCACGUGAAACAAAGCUUUUUGUUUUCAUGAAAGCACUGGUCAAUGAGAGAGCAGUUCCUCAGAAACUAAUCCCUGGUUUUGUUAGCCUAGAACCAACAUUGCCAUUCUGCCUGACCUCACUACAGUGAGUGUCCCCCUGACCUUUGACCUCUGAGUUUUACAUCUUUUUUUCAACAGAAGCUGAUGGCCUCGGCUGUUUUGAAAGCAAUAGGUCCUCACCUACCAGGACGUGAAACAAUCCACAGAAAAAAAUCUUCCCAUACAGUACCAGAACGCUGCUGUUGAUUUACUACUACAUAUUCAUCAAUUGAUUGACAUUGAACCUUUCCGUGCAAGUAUAACAACUCAUCUGAUUACGCAAUCAAGGCUUUCGUGCCGGUGCAAAUAUCUGACAGAGAACAGCUUUAUGUGGUUACGGAUAGUUGUAAACGAUGCUCUCGGAGGAAAAGAUCGUGACCUGAAGUUGCGGGAGACAGAUGAAGCAGAUUCCGCUUGUGAGAUGGUCCGCUGCUUGUCUUUAGAACAUCCCAAGCACAAAUUUCCUCAAAUCCACUGAGGAAUUCUGACUCGAUGAGAAACAGAUGUGUGCGUAUGAAGCGCUGCCACGAAGGCCAAGCUCGGCUCGAAAACUGCACACUGGACUGUUUUCUGCAACCUCGUACACUGACAAACUUGUAAAGAAAAAAUCAUUUAUUCACCCACACGUCGAUCAAAACCUGUUUAGGAGUCAUUCAUCUGUGGAACACGAAAGAAGAUGUUUUAAGAAAUGUCUCUGUGGUUUUGGCCACACAAUGGAAGUCAAUGGGGACCAAUGUUGUUUGGAUACCAACAUUCUUCAAAAUAUCUUCUUUUGUGUUCUGCAGGUUUGGAAUGGCAUGGGGGUGAGCAUAUGAUGAAAAAUCUCCCUUUUUGGGUGAACUAUCCCUUUAAGACGACGUUUUGCAUUGUGUUUGUGUUACUUAACUUUGUUUGUAUAGUGCUAACUUAGGCAAUAUACAGACAACAUUAGAAUUGUUCCACAUAUCAAACAUUAACCACUAGUUUACAAUCAUCGCCGUCCCCAAAACAAUAGAGCCGAGAUGAUAGAAAAAACUCUAGUCAGACAAAUGCGUGUCUGUUCGGCUGACACUAGCACAGGCUAGACUACACACUCAUACACAGUCAUCUGUCUUCGCUUUUGCUCACUCGAAAAAUGAUCCUACCAUCUGUGUGUGUUUUUUUCCUAAAGGGAGUCCCUCCAUUGGGUAUUCAGGCAACACACCACAUUGUGACCUCAGCAACUUUCCAUUUUAGCCGUCUCUGUUGCUACACGAUUGUGAUCGUUGAAGCGCACUCUAGACUUUCCAAAAAUAUUGUGACAAAAGGCUACGUCGACAAAGGAAUGCAGCGUAUACGCACACUAUAUUGUAUGGAGAAAUCAUCAUCUGUUAUGGUGCACGUUUACAGAUAUGAACUAUAAUCCUUAAAGUCUUUCUGACAUUUCACAUCACUGCUGAAAAAUAGAAACCUUAACAGAAAUGUUUUUUAAGGGGCAGUGUGGAAAUAUAAGGAGGAUCUAUUGAGAGAAAUGCAAUAUAACAUACAUAACUAUGUCUUCAGUGGUGUAUAAACAAUGAAGCGUCUUGUUUUUCUUAUCUUAGAAUGAGUUAUUUCUAUCUACAUACACCGCGGGUCCCCUUACAUGAAAUUCGCCAUGUUGUUUCCACAGUAGCCCUAAACGGACAAACUGCUCUACAGAGCGCAUUUCGUAAAUACGUUAUCUCCUUGGCAAAGAAGCAAACACUUUUGUCCUGUGUCAGCCACCAUAGUGCUUCGAACGGAAGGGGGCUGCUAAAAUCUCCACAUUGCUCCUUUAAUGGAAACUAAUGGUGUCUGUAGGUUUCUACUGUUUUGUGCGUGUUUGUUGGUGGUUAUGGAACCAACAUAACAGUUUUCACAUCAUAUUGAAAUAACAGCCAAAUCAUUUAGGUUCUAAUGGUAAACAGCUACUGGUUCAUAAGUGUAUUGAGGUGUAUUGUAACCUUGUAAUUGAAGUGUAUUGUAAGGGUAUUGAGACCAGUAGAACUUGUUUGGUGUAUUUCAGCAGGGAUAUGUUGUAAUUUACAAUGCAGUAAGUAGUCACAGUAGUGUGGCUCCAUAAGGUAAAUCUGAUUUUGUUUUCGCACACGGCUGCCCGGGUCACAGCACAUGUCAAACACUGAGAACAAAGGUGUCUCACACAGAGGCAUACACAUCCCUUUCAUCUUUUCUAGUAAAUGAAUUGAGCUUAAAACGAAAUAACCCGAAAACAUUCAUCAAAUUCUUCUUUAAUCUAAAUUGAAAAAUCACUUUAUUAUAAUCUUGUUUGGCGUAAUGUACUGCAUUUCUUUGCGUGAGUUGUUUACCGUGGCUUUAAAGCUUUUGUCUGUAUUCAUGUUUACAUAUGUGGGCUGAAUCUCACUAUCAUUUUUGGAUCAACCCUCAAUUACAUGCCUGCUUGGCAGUAAACAUUUUUCAGGGGGUUUUCCUCGAGGCGUGAAAUUACGACACCAUUACCAUCUACAAAGACAUGCCCCACUUACCCGUUUUACAUUUUGUUCUUUUUGAUUUAGCUCACAUUAAAAUGUAAAAAUGCGUGUUUCAACCUUCUUGAAUAACAUGCGGUUAUCUGAACCAGUUACGUUCGUGCGCUUCAAGGGGAAUUUUUGUGUGACGGUUAAGGAAUGAUCGCAGAGUACAUUGCCGCCCCUGUACCCACCAUGGAGCAAAAAUGUUUGGUUGUAUAAUGUAGUACGAGGUCGUCAUCUGCCACCGGCCGAGCUACCGGGAGCUGCGGCUCGCAUGCAGAAAAUCAAAACAAGAACAGUAUGUGCUCCAGGUGGCUUCUUGCUCUUUCAAACCAACAAUUACCCACUGCACUAAUGACAAGGUGUGUCACUAGUGAGUAUUUUUGAAGUUCGAGAUUUGUUCUGCACUUAUGAAAGACUGCUCUCGCCUGCAGCCAUAUGCCCUCCAGAUCUGGCUUUACAAGUUCAUCCUGGGAUGUCAAUGAGAAAGAGGAGAUGUUAGGGAGGGCCGACCUUGCUGAACGGGCCUUAUGUAACAUCUUUUUGUUACCUGUUACAAAAAUAGGUUUAAUAAAACGCUUUUAUUUGUUUGUCUAAGUUGACGGUGUUCGUGGAUGUUUACAAGGUGUCACGUAUACCUUUAGAAGGUUCAAAGAAGUGCAGGAACCUAGAGAAAUGAAAAGUUGCUUCGAGGAAAGUUUUAUUGCUAAAAGCUUUCUCUUUAAUGGCUGUGGGCAUAAUGGUUCUCUUAAAAUGUGGAAAUAGAAAUAGAUACAAUAAUGGACGUACAGUAAGAGUAGAGCACUACAAAAUGAAUGUGGAUAGCAUAAUGAUUUUGAUGCCGAAUGUUUUUUUCUUUUUCAGAUGUUUUACUAUCUUGGCAUGUUUGAGAGCAUUUUUUGUUGUUGUUGCUAAAAAACAACUGUUGCAACAGAGCACACACAAAAAAUCCCAUAAUGCAACACUCUCAAUGUGCCUUUCCUUUUCAAAUAAACUAGAUUUUUUCAGUUUUUUAAUCAAUUCAGCAUCUCAUUCAUAUUUAGACUUCCAAGUUAGACUGCAAAAAAAUGAAUGCGUUUUUCUGUCUUGUUUACCACUACAAAUAAUUUUAUUUUAAGAUCAAGAUACAUUACAUUAAAAUUAAGAAAGUUUAUGCUUGAAACAAGCAACAAUAUAAGCAAAUGUUGUAAGGAAAUUAAUCAUUUUUCUUAACGAAGAAUUUUAUUUAAAAUGUUAUUACAUUUUUACUUAAUACAUUCUUUCUUACAACAUUAUUGCUUGUUUUAAGCAUAAACACUCUUAAUUGGGAUUUAUUUUAGAAAACAAGACUUAACUUGUUUGCUUAAAAAUCUGAAAAUAGUAUGCAGUGAGCAGUAUGCAGUAAGCUAGUAUUCCAUAGGUUCACACGUUUCUUUUUCAGUUGGUCAAUGAUGAUUGGCUGAGAGAAUCAUGCUCAUUUCAAUCAGGUGUUGUUAGGACAUGGAACUUGCUGCAUGCUGUUGGUCAAACAUAACCACAACCUCAAGGUAAAAAUGACACCCAACCACCAUCUUAUUAAGUUUAUGUUGUUAUGGUGAUAUCUUGAUCUCAAACAAAUGAUUUGUAAAUUUGUGCAUUUCUGAAGAACUAUUAAGAUAAAAACAGUCUGAGACAGUGUUUGAUAAUCUCUCUCUUUCUAUCUCAAUGUUUGCAUUAUAUUUCACGUGUAUGCUUUGCCACCAAACACAACCUCACCGAGUUGAUCUUACAUAAACCAAGUUGGCAUAAAUCACGAUCACGCUGUAUCCAAAGCACAGGGCUGUUUAAAGGUUGGAUUAGCGCUGCGAUAAGAUAGGCCGCUCUGAAAUGUUGCCGGCUGCCAAGCUGGCAUGAAAAAGUCCACCUGAGAGUCGCCUGCUCCUUUUGAACCUCAACAUAGUCUUUGUAUGAGCUAGUUAUCCAGUCUGAUGGAGUUACAGAGUCGAGCGUGUGUAUAUGAAUAUAUUUUAAUGUUUUGUACAUAUGCCAUUGGUGCAGUUGAUUUAUUCUGAGAUUGUAAUUCCAGAUUUCAUCGCAUACAUUCUUUUACUCGCAGAUCACCUUUCUUCUUUGGCUUUUAUGUUCACAGUUUAGGCCGGGCGGAAUCCAGCGUGAUCAUCUUGCAUGCGUUGAGGUUAUAGGGCUAAUUUCUGCAGGCUAGCGAAUAAAGCGUUUGUGUCCCUUGGCCGCUUUGUAAGUGUGCCGCGGUGCUGUCUAGAUUUGUUAAAGUCAGGAGGGCACGUGUUUGUAUCUUUAUUUAAGUGCCUCACGUGCAUUAUAGAAGUCAUAAGUCAUUUGUCUCGGUUUAGCUGGAACUUUGUUUGCGUUGCGGGUCUUGGCAUUGCUUUUAGCGCAAUAUUCAGUCGUUUAAGUGCCUUCUUUUUGAAGCUCGCUGGAUCUGUUCACUUUCAGGUUUGACCCCCGGAAGACCCCACACCUCAUAUACUUCCUCUGUUCUUAGUAAUAGCGAGAUUUAUUCUUCCAUCUAGGUAUCUCGGUUGAGAUACUGGUUUUGUAUACAGACCUCCUACUGCUGAAAGCUUGUUUGACUUUUAACCUUGGUAACCACGCAUUCGGCAAAACAUCGUAAUAGUGAAGUCCAGUAGGCUGUGGUAUAAGAAAUGGAUUUGGGUAAAGAUGCCUGCUGACCACAGCUGCUUUGUCCAUCACUGCCUGACCCGUCAUGCUACAGGACACCUCCCUGCAUUCUUUCAAUUUCUGAAGUCACACAAUGUCUUAAAGGUCACCCUGCACAUACCGCAAGGACAUGACCCUUGUAAACCUGUUUACUUAUCGGACCCCAUGUGUAGGGCCCUAAGCAUUAGCAAGCAUGCAGAUGAGAUCAAUUUAAAUUGUUCUUGUUAAAGGUGGACAUACUAUCAAACCACAUCUUUUUCUUUUCGCUUUGAAGAGGGGGAAGAUUUCUCUGCGAGAUCUGUUUUUCAGUGAGUUAACGCUGAACAGUUGUGGUCCUUUAUAAGAUCCCAAUAAAAAAGUCAUUGUUUGUGUGUAGAAGAGAUUUUAAAGUUUAAGCUUAGUACUAACUUCAAAUCAUUUUUAUUUUUUAUCAUUUCUGUUAUCGCAUAAACUUAAAACACGCAUUUGUAAGUAAGGCUUCACUUAAACAGCCCUGACGUCAUAAGUUGUGAAGAGCGUGUUGUGCUUUGGAUGUUUGUAUCUUAAAGGGACAGUGCAUCCAAAAGUUUUUUUUAUGUUCUGUACUCACCCUCAUGUUGUCUCAAAUCCGGAUGGUUUACUUUUUGCCAUGGAACACAAAAAGAGAUGUUUGAGGAAGUGACAGCCUCGGUCACCAUUCACUUUCACUGUAUAGAAAAAAGAUUUGGUCAGGUCUGCCUUGGUGUUCUACAAAAAGAAAAGGGUUUGGACAACAUGAAAACAUUUAGGAACUUCUAUUUCUAGAGUAGGUUUUCCUUUAACCAACAUAUAGAAAUGUAUGCUACUUUAAAGGGAUAAGUCUCCCAUAAUACAUGCUAAAAAAAUCAGCAAAUUCUUUCACACUUAGUAACCAAUUCCAAAUACACAAACUGAAAAGACAUCACCAUUUGGCUGUCGUGGAGAAACUGUUGAAGAAAAAUCUCAAACCGCAGGUUUAAAUGACAGGUUGGCUGGUUUUCAGCAUGGCUUCUUUUGGGUAGAAGGCGCUCUCUUGCGUAAUGUCUGGGAUGCUCUUGUUGUGGUUGGGUAGAAAAUGCAAAAUAAAUGUCAUAUUACCAUCAGGAAUCAAAUUCUCUGGAUUCAGAGUGUGACUUUUUUAAACUGAAUACUUCUUUUCCGAGACGGGCUCUUUGCCUGCUGUCAGCUGAGCAUGUCACGUUGCUACCACUUCAAUAAGAUAUUUGGUUAAAUAGCUUUGAGUUUGUGUGUGCACAUACCUACAUUAGUUUAAUAAACAUACUAAUGUCUUGAUUCAAAUGUAAGAAUGUUUCUUGUGAGGAUUAAGUUAAGGUGUGCGGUUAAUGAAUACAAUAUGUAAUUAGCUUAGUAUAAUAACAGUCAAUGGAAAAGCGGGCCAGUCAGCGGUUUUAAAUCUCAUUAUGAGGCCUCCUGGACGAAUCUUAGUUUUUUAGGAGGGAACACCACUAUGAAUAUUUUAUAAGACUGUUAAAAUGCUUCUGACAGAUUGUGUGUGUGUGUUCAUGAGUGUUUUUCUGUUUUAACCCUGAAGCUUUGCACACUCGCUCACUCACAAUGAUACUGAUGACAAAGAUGGUCUGAAAACGUGUGUGUUCACGUGGGUGGGCACACGGCCUUGAAAUGAUGGCAGGUGUGAGUUUUAACGUUUUCUGAAAUGGUAACGGAAAGGUCAGAGGCUGAGCACGAGUAAGCGGUCGGGUGUGCGGCCGCUUCAGCUGCAGGUUUGAAGAUGCAAUCAUGGCACUUUAUUGUCUGUGGGCCCAAAAAGUGUAGACCCUCUUUCAACUGUUUUUGAUCAAAUCGGUUCCGAAAAUGCUAAUUGAAACUAAAAUGAAACUCUAAUGGAAACAAUGGAUUGUGGUGUUAUUUAAAGUCAUUGGCACUGCAACUAAAAAAUUGACAAGUACUGCAUAUUAAAGGUGCUUAAAGGGGUCAUGUGACAAUAUUCAAUUUAUGAUCAAAUUAAAAUAAAUACAAAGGAUCUAAAUAUAAUGUGCUAAUUUUAGACACAGUGAAGGAAAAACGAUUGCAUUUAACUAUUUCACCAUAAAAAAAGACCUUAAAUAUUUAAUGUCAUGACCCGAUCUCUAUAAUGGCUUUUAAUGCAGCUAUUAAAGUUAUUUACUGUAACCAAUGUAUCAGAUUUAAGGUUGUAUGAAAAGAAGCUUCAAUUAAUGAAUUUCUCUCUCCUCAUUUAUCACUGUUGUUUUAAGUCAGUAAUGGUUUUAAGCUCACGUCUCAGUUUUCACUGCUGAUGAGAAUGGCACAUUGUUUUUCUAUAGACUAUGACUCUAUUGGUCUUCGUAUUAUGUAACGCCCUGUUUCCACUAAUGCAAACCAAGCGUCUAGAUUUCCGGUCAGAUCAAGAUUUUGGACUCUCUGUCAUAGCAUGUCUGAGUCCAGUUCCACUCAAUCUUCCUGUCUGUUUUUUCUCUUUGUGUGAUCAUCAUACUACUUUGUGUCAGUCGGAUGUUUCACCUGACACUUAACAGAUGAAUUCAGCAGAUGUUGUUUUUGCAGAAAUAUUCAGUCCUAUGCAAUGUAAUUAGAUGGUUAGCUGUUAUGUUCCUAUUGCUGAUAUUAAAUUAGGUAAAAUAGAGUGAAAUUAAUACAAAUGUAAAAUUAAUGUCUAGCUGUAAAUCUAAUAACGUCAACCGUCAAAUACUUACCGGUUAGGCUUUGCAGGCUUGUGGUUUGUGUUGUAUUCCCUGCUUCUUUUUUUAAGUAUCUGCACAAAGAUUUUCUGGAUUAUUUUGUUUUUAAAUCAACUGUAAAACCAUCCAUUUACCUCUUUUUACACAAUAAUUAAAG